AAUUACCAUUUCGGUCUAAUUACUUGAGGGAAUUCCCGAGGAAGGAAGGAUAAGCUGCACAGCUACUCCUGGGCACUGUGAGACUGCACAUGAACUUGUGGUUGGGUGCUGUCCUCCUAUUGCUUUCCUCCCUUUCCUGGUGCAAGCAUACAGCCCAUGGCAGAGGUAGUGGUGAGCCUUCAGGUGAGAUUUCAGGCUCACAGUCACUGCAGGACUGUAUUCACCCAUCCGAGCUCUGAGUGAAGAGCAAUUGCAUGACUGGUGAAGUCCAUGCCUUGCAUUUCUGUUGCUGUGCCUAUUUUGCCUACCUCUGUUCUCUCAUGUGCUCUGUGUCACAAUAGGUACCCAGUAUAUAACAGUGUCCUGAAAACUUGCCCAGUAAAGAUUGCAGCUGCAGCCAGACUGUGCUCAGAAAAAGGAAGCCCAAGUAAGCCACUUGCCACUGACCUUUGAUUCAAAUGCCAAUGUUUAGCAAGCAAAUAUUUAGAAGCACACCAUUAAGCAGGGAGGCACAGCUUUACCACAGUGAAUGUCAUCAAGAGUGCCUCAGAACAGGCUGACAGCUUUCUCUUUCUCUCCUUCUCCCAGUGGAGCAGCCUGUUGCAGCCACUGCCUCUGCAGUCAGGCUGCCUGCAGCAACUGGAAUGAACUCAGUAUAUGCCAGCUCAGCCUUAGGACCUGAUCCUAACCACUGUCUGUGGUUGGAACCCACAUACUGGGCAGUGUUCAUGAAAUUAGUUGUAUUGGUCAGGUGCAGUAAUAGGUUCAGCAGUAGUGGGUAUUUUUGCCUCAGGAGUGGCUUAGAAUUAGCUGUGUCGGUCAGUUUAUAAUUAGAUAUUUGUAUCUAACAGGAUUAUUUUUCUGUUAGGUGUUUAUAGUUUUGUCUCUUCUUUUUUAAAUAUGAUAAAUAAUCUUUAUAUAUAUGUAUUUUAUAUAUAUACACCCUGAAAGAAUAUCUAUAAAAAGGGAGAAUCCUUGUCAGGUGGAUGCUGCAGCAGAAAAACCCAAGCCACAGGCAGGGCAGUGGUAAGCUUCCCUUUUCCGAAGCCACUCAGAGGUUAACCAGGGUCUGUAAGAAAACAGCUUAGUGAAGGAACACAGCUUAAUGCUGGGGCUGCCUCAGGGAUGCCAGCCCCUCGUGGAGCCACUGGCAGCACACAGGGGCAGCCCUCGCCCUCAGCAGCACAGCAGGGAGCCCUUUGGGGAGGUCUGGGACUUGGCUGGGACUGAGGGAAGUCGCAGGAGGGAGUGUUUCUGUCUUGCAGGCGGACGCAGGCAGAUGUAUAUGCAUAAAAACCCUGGAAGAGGAGGGCUGUUGAACACACCCACACCUCCGUUUGCUUGGCAGCACUGGGCUGCUGAAUGCCAGUACAGCAUCGUACCGGUACCGAGGAGCUCUGCCCAUGGGCUGGUGGCUGCUGCUGCUGCUUCUGCUACAGGCAGUUUGGAAAAGUACUCUGGGAAAAUCCCAUUCACUACACACCCGAGGAAUCAUUGAAUUGGCAGGAGCUAUAUCAUGUGGCACGGGACGGUCUCCCUUGGCAUAUAUUGGCUACGGAUGUUACUGUGGACUGGGAGGACGAGGCUGGCCUAAAGAUAAAACAGACUGGUGCUGCCACAGGCAUGACUGCUGCUACGACAAGGCAGAGAGAGAGGGCUGCAGUCCGAAGGCACAGCGCUACCAGUGGGUGUGCGAGCAGAAUGCCGUGCGGUGUGAUAACCUGACAGACCCAUGUGAAAAAAUGGUGUGCCUGUGUGACCAAGAAGCAGCCCAGUGUUGGGGAACAGCCCCUUACAACCCACAGUUUGUCCUCUGGCCAGACUUUCUAUGUGGGCAGACUCAUCCAACCUGCCAUUUCAGAUAUGGAGGGUCAAAAUAGUUUUUAAAGGAACUUUCUUCUAAUCCUUUGAAUCUGAACACACUGGAAUAAAAUUUUACCUCUUUUACCAGA